GUAUUUGGAAGCGUAAGUAAACAGAAAGCGAGAGCAAAGAAAUCAAUCAAUUUAUACAAGCUCGUCACAAUUAUAUUGGAUAUUGGAAAUCUAGUAGAAGUUAAGGUCACUAGUAUAAAACGCCCAAGGUGCACCCCAUUUAAUUCCUCUCUUCAGUCAUAGGUCAUUUCAUUCAUCGUUCUGGAGUCAUUGGAAUAAACUUCUGUCACUAAUUUCAAACCUAAUCCAAUCUCGACCAAACCUGUUCACAUUCAAGGAGGAUACCUACUAACUUGCCUUAAAAUAUGCAGAAUUUCUCCCAUACAAUAUGGAUGGGUGACCUGGAACCUUACAUGGAUGAAAUGUUUAUUAAACGAGCCUUUGAAACAUCAGGUGAAAAUAUAGUGAGUGUAAAAGUUAUCCGAAACAAGGCGACUGGGCAAACUCUUGGUUAUGGUUUCAUAGAGUUUGCUAACUCAACAUCUGCGAGAGAUGCAAUGCUUAAGUUGAAUGGCAAGCUCAUUCCUGGAGCCCCUACCAGAAGAUUUAAACUUAAUCACGCUAGUUACGGGAAAGAUAGCACUUCUAGUAAUGAAUGUUCGUUAUUUGUUGGUGAACUAACAGAAGAUGUUGAUGAUCUUGCUUUAUUCAAUGCUUUUAAAAAAUACCCAACAUGCCGUUCAGCUAAAGUUGUGAUGACAAAUGGCAAGUCUCGUGGAUACGGUUUUGUUCGUUUCCUCACUGAAUCUGAUAUGGAUAAAGCGUUGAUUGAAAUGCAAAAUUAUUGUGGUUUAGGCUAUAAACCGAUUCGAGUGAGUCUUGCUAUUCCGAAGCGUUAUAAUGCAGAUGGAAGUCUGGUUGUUACUACAACAGCAUCUGAGACGAGUUCAGUGGUUCCAAGUGGUAUGCCCGAUCCAUUCACUGCUGCAGUUGCGGCUGCUGUAACGGGGAAUUCUGCAGCUCAAGCAGAAUAUUAUCAAGCUUAUCAACAAUACUAUCAACAGUACUAUGCUUCUCAAUAUGCAGCCCAGUUUUAUUCCAGUGAAUCAUCUACAAAUGGCGACUUAGCUAAUUCUGGAAUAACAUCGAUUGCCGGUGGUGGUACGCUUGUAGGCGAUGCUACAGUUCAACAGCAUGCAUUCGUCGAUGCUGCUGCCUCACAUUUAUAUGCUAGAGCACUUCAGCAAGGCACCGGCUCACAUGAAUAUGCCCCAGAGCCACACGUUUUAUCAUCAGCUUGUGAUCGUCCACGACAUGUAGAUGAUUUAGAUGAAGUGUUCAAUUUUCUAGAAGCAUCACGAUGGCAUGUCACUGAUCCAUCAUUGGGAUUAUUUAUUAAAAUAAGACCAUAACUAUUUAUUCACCUUUAUUGUUCCUGUUUUUAGUAAAGUACGUUGUAUUUUUAUAAGCUUGAACAAAGUAUAUUGAGUUUCCUUUUUUUUUAAAAAAAAGUAUUGGGAUUGUGAUGUAAAUACAUUUCAUGUAUAUGUAUGUUUUUAUUUUUGUUUCAUAUGAGUAUUUGAUUAUCACUUUGAUGUGUUCUUUUGUGAAACGAUAAUCUAGGAUAUUCAAUAAUAUAUUUUCCCAGUUUUAUGGUUAGAAGUAGCCGUAGUUAAAUAAGAAUGUGUUGGGAUUUUUUUAAAAAAUUACGAUAUAGAUAAAUAGAUCUAAAUCCCAGUAAUAAAUCUUCUACAUGUUCAAGUACAAACUGAUUCGUUCGGAUCAUAGAUGUUAGGCAAGUGAUGUUGUUUCUAAUUAUGUAGUUCAAAAAUAUCUUAGUUGCUGUGUUAUGAAUUACUAAUCUUAUAUUAACUAUGUUGAGUUGCACUCUGUCUUGUUGUCUCUGAGUACCGCAAGGAGGUGACUACAAUGACAAGCUUACGAUCUAAUUCAGAAUAAUAAAUAAAACCUAGGAGAUGUAAAAGUAUGUAAACUUAUUGAGGUCCAUCUCGGAAGGUGAAAUAUCUUUACGUUAAUAUCACUAGUGUGUUAUGCUCGUCAGAUUGCUUUCUGAACUACAGUUACCCAGUGUGUUUUGCGUUUAAAGGACACCUUUGACUGAGGUCAGUCAGUCAGCUACAACGUAGGACCAGGCACAUAUAUGCAUCGGUCCAAGUUGCCAUACCUCAUUAACACAACAAGAUGGACACCGGAUUCAUAAAAGUAAUUAAUUCAGAGGUGGUAAUAUAUAAAAGAAAGAUUGCAAUAACUAUAUAGUACACGAAGAAAGAAUUAGUUCGUAGAAAGAUAUGAAGCAAUUUUAAUCUCUUAGUUUAAGGGAAGACAGUAAGUGAAUACACCGACGCCAUUGUGACCGAUUCUGAGUCAUGUCACCAAGAGUCUCCAACCAUUGGUUACGACAGUCACGCGGACCCCAACCAGGUAAUCUGCAUCUACCAACAUGGCUCAGACUAGAAGUUAGUGACUUCAAGCACUGAUGCCACAUUUUGGUUUGGCCGCCCCUAACUUUCUUCCAACCAUCUCC